UAGUGGAUCCUUUCAAGACAGUAGAAUUUGAGACUCUGUGUUUUGCCAUACCCUGGACAUAUUUUGCUCCUUUUUUGAAAUGUACUUUUGUACUCAGUGAACUGGGCAGUCCAGCCUGUGGAUUACUGACAACUACAGCUCGAAGGAACUGGACCCUCCACCUUGAGAUACUAUGGCCUUGACCCAAGAAUCGAGCAAACAAGCCAAACUGAAAGAAGUAGCAGGGGUCCCCUUGCAGGCUGCAAUUGUGGACAACUGGAAGCAGAUUCAGACCUUUAAGGCCAAGCCAGAUGACCUCCUCAUUUGUACUUACCCUAAAUCAGGGACAACAUGGAUCCAGGAAAUCGUGGACAUGAUUGAGCAGAGGGAUGUAGAGAAGUGCCAGCGAGUCAUCAUUCAUCACCGGCAUCCGCUUAUUGAGUGGGCACGGCCACCCCAGCCAUCAGGUGUGGAUAAAGCCAAUGAGAUGCCAGCUCCAAGGAUACUAAGGACUCAUCUUCCCACUCAGCUGCUGCCACCAUCUUUCUGGACAAAUAACUGUAAGUUCCUUUAUGUGGCUCGAAAUGCGAAAGACUGCAUGGUUUCCUAUUACCACUUCUAUAGGAUGAGUCAGGUGCUCCCAGAUCCGGGUACCUGGGAUGAGUAUUUUGAAACCUUCAUCAAUGGAAAAGUAAGUUGGGGAUCCUGGUUCGACCAUGUGAAAGAAUGGUGGGAAAUACGAGACAGACACCAGAUUCUCUUCCUCUUCUAUGAAGAUUUGAAGAGGAACCCAAAGCAUGAAAUCCAGAAGGUAAUGCAGUUCAUGGGGAAAAACUUGGAUGAAGCAGUACUGAAUAAAAUCGUCCAGGAGACAUCAUUUGAGAAAAUGAAAGAGAAUCCUAUGACAAAUCGUUCUACGGUACCCAAAGCUAUCCUGGACCAAUCCAUAUCUCCUUUCAUGAGAAAAGGAACUGUGGGUGAUUGGAAGAACCACUUUACUGUGGCCCAGAAUGAGAGGUUUGAUGAAAUCUACAGGCAAAAGAUGGAAGGAACUUCUAUAACCUUCAACAUGGAACUCUGAUGAAGAUGUGAAGACAGACGCCAAGAACAUGGAAGCUGCCUGCAAGCCUCAACCCAGCCAAAAGAAACCCUGAAAGCAUACUGUAAAUGCCAAGGAUCACGGCUCAGACUCUGUGAUUAUUAACAUCACAUUACCAUUUUACAAAAUCAGAUCAUGUCCAAUGUAUAGUUUAUACAUGACUCAGUACAAAUCAGGAAGAUAGUUUAAUUUGUUAGGAAAAACAUAAACUUUAAUGCUAUAAAAUUUAAGUUUGCAUUUUUCUAAGAGGUAUAUAUUAUGUUCUCGCUCUGAAAUAACUACCUUAAGUACAACCACACAAAUAUCAGAGAUCAUCUGUAUGAAUGUAAAUGAAAUUCCUAAUGUCUUCCUGCUCAAUCAGAGUGUUCUUUGUUACAACAGGAAGAAUCAGUCUGCAGCCUGCUUAUGAGAACACGCAGGAGGAAAAUGAGGGAAGGUGCAAGGAGGUGUCAGAAAGUCAAACCUUAAUAGAGGGAAUUCUAGUUAUGGGUCAUAAAAGAAACAAAAAGAAAGCAUGAAGGCAGUCUUUGGGGAACCCAAAUUAUGUCUUGAUAAAAGCAGAAUAGAGGCAUUGUUGGGGCUGAAAUGAGAUAUCACGAAAACAAUAUGAAUUGGAGAGAUUUAUUUGGGGGAA